GAGUUGCGUGCAGAAUCCUUCUCCGAGUCUCCAAAUUAAUUGCCCGGGAGGUUUCAGCGGGGUGCCGAGACACCGGAGGCGGGCCCCAACAGUCAACCACGCCAGGUUGGCCAACUGCGUCGCUUCCUCGGGCUUAUCCAGUGGAGCGCAGUAUGACCGACUGAAAUUCUGGCCUCACGGGAUACGAAUCCAAAUUUCAAUACGUCAGGGUCUGGUUAGUUCCGAGACUAAGCAGGUCGGGCAAAACUCCACCUAUUGGCCAUUGGCAUUCCAUCGUUUAGCCAAUUACCAAUUGAGCAACUUUUCUAUACGCAUACGAAAGCUUCGUCUUCUUUUCCCUUUUCGUUUUCGUAUCCGUUCCUCAUCAUGGCCGGCAUUUUUCGUCUGCUCCGAACGCAGUACACUCCCCCGACAGACCCAGUACGGGUAGGGGCAUCCUUUGCCGGUAAAACCGUGAUUCUGACCGGCGCAACGACGGGUCUAGGGUUUGAGGCCGCUAUAAAAUUCCUCAACCUCGGCGUGGAGUCCUUGAUCAUAGGGAGUCGCAACCUCCAACGAGGCCAGGCAACCAAAGCAGUGUUGGAGGAACGCACUGGCCGACGAGAUGUGGUUCAGGUCUGGGAGCUGGAGAUGAACAGCUUCCAAAGUGUUAAGGAUUUUGCGAGUCGCGUCAAUAAGGAGAUCAAACAGUUGGACAUUGCACUGCUCAAUGCCGGCCUAUGGAAUCGAGAAUAUACCGUAUCGCGCGAAGGGUGGGAAGAGACACUGCAGGUUAACACACUAUCCACUUCACUGCUGGCGCUUUUACUCCUGCCGAAACUGAGAGACAGUUCGUCCACGUCGAACCCGGCGCAACUGACCGUGGUGUCCAGUCAACAGUUUAUCCGAGUCAAGGCAGCAACCCUUCGCACGAACGGACCACUGUUAGAGAACCUGAAUAAUUCGGAGCAGUUUGUCGGCCCAAAACAAUACGGCGCUUCGAAACUUCUUCUCGAGUACGUGCUGAAAACUGUCGCGAGCCGGAUCCGAAAUGAAAACGGAACCCUUCCGGUCAUCAUUAAAACCGUCAGCCCGGGGUUCUGCGUGUCGUCACUAGGGCGGCAAUAUAAACGAUUCUAUGAGCGAUGGCUGGUCUGGUUGGCGCAGAAGCUAUUUGCGCGCACGACGGAGCAGGGGAGCCGCUCGCUAGUCAGUGCCACUUAUCAGGGCGCCGAGUCGCAUGGGAAAUGCUGGCGCAGCGAUGGAUAUCUAGAUGAAUCGACCGCUUUGACGGUGGGCGCAGAAGGAAAGCAAUUCCAGGAGAAGGCAUGGGUGGAAAUCAUGGAGGUUUUAAAGGAGCAGUCGGAAGGCAUUGAUGAGC